AUGACCGCCACCGAGGUCCGCCACCGCCCGGCGCAUGAGCUCGCGGACGACGAAGAAGAGGCCCUCAUGCUGGAUACCUCUUUAUCCGACAUGCGCGAGGUCGACGGCGCCGAGACAAAGGCGCUGCUGCCCUCGCCGCUCUGCAGCGUCGCCGACACGGACGCCACCUUUGACGAGAGCUCGGACGACGACGAUAGCGCGCUCGAGGCCGGUGCGAUCCAAGCCGACGCGCUCCGCAAGGGCGGGUCGCCCAACCUGUACGCGCGCGAGAACAUUGGGCUGCUCCUCAACUACGCUUGCGUCGGCUUGGUGCUCGGCAUCUUUCCCAGCACCAUCUACCCGUUCAUGAGCUUGUACCUCAACAUGGACGGGUACCAAUCGACGGCCGCGACGGUGCUUGUCGGUCUACCGUGGUCGUUCAAGAUGGUGAUUGGGGUCAUUUCGGACUCGUUUCCGAUUCGCGGGUACCGUCGGCGGCCCUACAUUCUCUUUGGCUGGAGUCUCUGCGUGCUCUUUCUCUUGAUCAUGGCCGUGCUGCCCGUCGGCGCGCCGUACUAUGUGCCCGGCGAGCUCCAGCGCACGACGAAUGCGAGCGCCCGCCUCGUCCUCAACAAGAACGCGCCAAACGAAGGCGCCAAGUACAUCCUCCUCAUGAUGCUCGCGAGCUUUGGCUAUGUGAUUGCCGACGUGGCGUGUGACGCAGUCGUCGUCGAAUUCGCCCAGCGCGAGGCGGCGGCUGUCCGGGGCACGACGCAGACCACUGUGUACAUGGUGCGGUACGCGACGACGACGAUGGCGUCGGCGGUCGUCGGCUUUUGCUUCAACGGGCGCGCCUACGGCGGCAGCUUCAACUGGUCGCUCUCGUUCAACCACAUGAUGCUACUCGCAGCGUGCGGCGCCGCGCUGGGUCUCCCCGCGACGCUGUUUUUCCCCAAGGAAGACAAGGUCGUGGGCGAGCCGUUUUUCGGUCGCUGCAAGACCAUGUGGCUCCUCGCGCAGAAGCGCGCGAUCUGGCAGAUCAUGGCAUUUUCGUUUUUCAACGCGCUGCUCUUUGACUUUGAAGCGACGCCGUCGAACGUGGUCCAGCGCGACUGGGCGCGGGUCCAGCCGCUCAACAGCGCCGCAUUCGUCGUCCUUGCAAACGCACUUUUGACGCUGUCGCUCUACUUGACGAAAACGUACUUUCUGCACGUCGGCUGGCGCCUCCUCAUUCUCGUGACGACGGUCACCAUGGUGCUCCUCGAUGCGACCGUGAGCUUCCUCACCAUCUUUGACGUGGUCCGCAACCAGUGGUUUUACCUCGGCGCGCCGGUCCUCGGCAACAUUCCCCAAGGCGUUCGGUUCGUCGUCUCGGGCUACGUGACCGUCGAAGUCGCCGAAGUCGGCUUUGAGGGCACGACGUACGGUCUCCUGACGACGGUCUCGAACCUCGCGCAACCAUUUGCAUCGAGCUUAUCUAAAAUGGUCGACGGGUACUUUGACGCGUUCCAAGACGACAUUGCCAAGGACACGCCGUACGUGCGUCGCCAAGUCGCCUACACGUUUGUGAUCAUGUACAGUAUCCGCCUCUUGAGCAAUGCGACCUUGGUUCUCUUGCCGCGCCAGAAGGCCGAAGCCCAAGCCCUUCGACGCCAGGGCGGGUCGAGCCGCGUCGCCGCGAUCAUCGCCUUUUCGACAGCGUUUCUAUGUCUUGCAUGGUCCAUCUUGACCAACCUCUUGUCGAUAUUCGAGUCGACAGCGUGCCUCCGUAUCGCUGGCGGCAAGGGCUGUGCCGCCUAG